UGGCAGCGCUGCAGUGCAAGAAAACGGAGCCCACCCUCUCCUGCCUAGGAGGGCAGUGGUGAAAUCACCAGAGGGAUUUAUUUGCUGGGAAGGGCCAGCACAGGAAUCUUUGAAGGAGCAGCUGAUCCGUGUAACCAUGGACAGUUUUGCAAAGGCUCCUCGGAGACCGCGGGCAGACAAAUCCGUGCUCUGGGGGCGCGGAAAGGAGCCUGCCCUGCCCUGCCCUGCCCCGCCUGCAGGGUCUGGGCAGCACCGGGGGCUCAGCCCCGAGCAGGGACACCGGGGGGCUCCUGGCAGCUCCUGCUGCGGGCCCGAGACACCCUCGUUGGGAACGGGCUCCGUUACCGACCUGGGCUCGGAGCAGCCCCGUUACCGAGCCCACCGCGGGCCGGCCACCGCAGGCUGGGCUGGGGACAGGGGAGAGGUGGUCAUCGCUCAGGUCAUGUCGGUUCUUCAAGAUCUUCACCUGCACUAUGUGCAGGCCUGUCAAAAUUUGAGCCAGCCUGAAAACCCCUUCAUUGCUCGUGUGCUUCAAGAAGCUAAUAAAAAUGAUGACAUAAGUUCAAAAGGAAUCACAUUAAAAUUAGCUGGAAAUAAUCAUCUGGUGCCUGUGCUGAGAGUUACAGAUGACGAUCUUGGAGUUCUUGUCUCUGUCUUAGGCCAAGCUGCCUUUAUCACAGGUUUGGAUCUUGCCUAUAAUGUAUUGACUGAUGCUGGAGCAAAGACCAUGGCAACAUUCCUCCAGGAAAAGUCCACUCUGAGGUACCUGAACCUGAUGUUCAAUGACAUAGGUGCAAGUGGAGCAGAGCUGAUAGCAGGAGCACUCCAUAGGAAUGAAAGUCUUGUGCACCUGAGAAUGACUGGAAACAAAAUAGGAAACCAAGGUGGAAUGUUCUUUGCUUCAAUGCUAAAAAUUAACUCAACCUUAGAGAAGUUGGAUCUUGGAGACUGUGAUGUGGGCCUGCAGUGUCUGAUAGCAAUAGCCAUAGCCCUGACUCAGAACAAAUCUCUAAAAGCAAUAAACCUAAAUUGUCCUUUGCUGUCCAACCAACAGGAAGAGACCACAGUUCAUAUAGCUCGGAUGUUGAGGAGUAACUCUUCUCUUCUGGAACUACACUUGGGCAAGCAUGAAAUGAAAAACUUUGGUGUAGAGCGACUGUGUGAGGCCCUGUAUGAAAACUCCAGCCUGAGAUACCUUGACCUUAGCUGUAAUAACAUAACCUGUGAUGGUGUGAAAUUUUUGGGAGAGCUACUAAAAAGGAACCAAACCCUGGAGAUCCUGGAUCUUAAUGCAAACCGAAUAGAAGAUGUUGGAGCCAUUUACCUGAGUGAGGCCUUGCUUACAUGGAACAGGACUCUGCAGGCGUUGUCCAUAGUAAGCAACAAUAUAACUGGCAAAGGACUUGUAGCUCUUGCACACACAAUGCAAUUCAACACGCAACUUUCCCAUAUUUACAUCUGGGGGAACAAAUUUGAUAGAAGCACCUGUGUGGAAUUCUCGGAGCUGAUCGAGAUGGGCCGCCUGCAGCUGGGCUGCACCGACGUGGCUCCCUACAAGGUGGACGGGAAGGUUUUCCUGGCAGAGCUGUCCCACGGGCUGGCCAAGCACCGCUACUGGGCCCCGCGCUGCGCCACCGUGGCCCCCGGCGCCGCCAACGCCAGCCUGGACAUUGUCGCUGUCUCGGAGUAUUUGAAGGAUGGAGCAAUGAAAACGAAAGUUGGGGAUACACUGAAUGUGGUGGUUUGAGAAGAAUCUGCACACUACGAACAUUCCUAAAUUUUGAAAUAAUUAGGUAAGCCUGUGUUGGUGCUUUUCUGAGUGCUGCUGCUCUGGAUCACUGCAGGCUACACUCUGAUAGUCUCAGUACUGACACACUGGUGACAGAAUUUCUUGCCAGAAAAACCACUGCAAGAUUCAGACAGGUAUUUUUUCAGUGUAUCUUUCUUUCCCUUGUCAGGUAUAUGAAAUUCAGGCUAAUUCAGUGCUCAAAUUAAGUCUUAAUUUACUUGUAGGAAUGACAUUUGUUAAUCUGAGGUGGUCACAGGUACCCAACUUUACCAACAGCAGUAUUUUGUUUUUAGUGAUGUGGUAAGAUGGCAGCACUAUCAUAGAUCAAGGAUAAAUGGCAUCUACUUUCAAAAGUGCUGGUGUAUGUGUUUGAAGUACUUGCACUCUAUCUGAACCCCUGUUUAACAGCUACUUGUUCUGCCCAUAAAGCACUCUCCAUUAUUGACAAUAUCCAUAGAAACAGUUCAUGUGUUACAGUUUUCUCUGAUACUCCUUUUUAAGAAAGGGCUGCAGAGUAAUUCCUACCAAAUUCUGUAUAAACAGCUUCCUGCCAACUAAGACAAUUAUUUGUGCAAAACCCUGUAUUGCUUAAAGAGGCCUGUGCCAGACUUUUACUGCUUCCUUUUUCUGACCUUGAAAUUCUUAGAAGAUGCAUCUUGUGUUCUUUGGAAUGAGAGAAUUUACAUAGGCUAGAAAUUUUUUGCCAUGUCCUUCUGAGUUAUUCUAGUAGCUAAAGCAAGCAUAAUCCUGCCCUGAAAACCAUUUUUUCAGCUUUUAGACCUCACUGUACCUUGCUGAAAGGCAGCAUUUUUGCCCCAAUUUUAGAGGAGAGGCAAAUGACUGAUCCAGCAGGGCAGGGGUGCAGCAGAGGUCCCCCAAAUCCUACCGUGCCAGGGUGGUGACAGGGGUUGUGUCUGAUUGGUUCCCUCCUGCUUUUGUUGUUACCCCUUGCAGUUAUGAACAGGAGACACAAGGUGAGGGAAAAUUACAAAACAAGUUUAUUAAAGUCUAACAUAAAACACUUCAGGCUAAAUAUGUACAACUCCCUCCCUUCCCAAGGGAUUAUAAAAUUGAGAGUUGAGGUAUAUACAAAUAACAGAGAAAAAAUUGUAUAUACAUGACAGAUACUUUAAAAAUAAUUUAACCAAAAAAAUCAGUUAUUAGUCCUUAUCUGAACUUAAUUCUGCAAGGCUUAUUGAGCCUCUCCAGGAUCACAGCCUUGAAAUCCUUCAUGUGGAACUUGUCUGUACUUGAAAAUUGUUUUGUAGCACAUGAUUUCAGAAAGGUUGUCAUGCUUUGUGCCCACUUAGAGGCACGAAUUUAGAAGUAAAUGUGAUACAAGGAGCUAAUCUCACCUAACUACUUCCAGUCAAUUCAGAGAUUUAGAGAUGCAGAUAAGCUAUUCAGGCAAAACUUGCACCAACCUCAGUACAAAAUUGCCUGAAACAGCAGUGUGACAAAUCAUGUCAUUUUCUCUGUAUUACUCUUAAUAGAAUUAUUGAAAUUCCUUCUUUUCUUUUCUUUUGAAAGGACAUGUAUGCCUAAAAAGAUUCCAUGCUCUCCCAUAUUAAUCCCUUACAGAAAUUACCAGUACUGUUAUAAGCCUUGUACUUCAAAAUGAAUCCAGAAUCCUUAAGCCUAGGACUUAGAUGUGCAGCUGAUUUCCAUGCAUCUAUUGGCAAAAGGUACAGUCCAGACCUACAGCCUGAACACACCUACAAAUAUAUAUAUUUAUUUAUUUAAAAUCUAUAUUCUAGUAAAUGAAUACAGUUGGCAGAGAUCAUACCUCAGCAGCUGAGAUAUCUUCAUGAAAGAUGAGGAUAAAAAUCAAGAUUCUCAGAUGGGGACUCAAGAGUGCAGGUCACUAAAUUAUUGCUCCAAGACAAAACUACAAGCCUGUGUAUUCUAUUAAGAAAGGUUAAAAUUGUUGUCUUGUAAAAAAUAAUGAAUAUCUCCUUGUCUAUAAAGAAAACUAAAUGACUAAUAAAGCAACUGUUACUGUUAUAAGUAUCUAAACAAAUCCUGUAUAAAUCUAAGCACUGUAUUUUUUUAAAAAGUCUGAAAUCUAAGAAUACAGUAAUAAGCUAUAAUUUUAGAAAUAUAAAAACAGUCCAAACAAACACUGUUAUGGAAUGCAUUCUCUAUGUAGGAAUGUAUUUAUUGUUUAGGUUUCUUUCCAGAGCUAGUUCUCUCUCCUGGUUGUUUAUCCUGGCUAUGUUUACCUUGAGCUGCUUUUCCUCGGGUACCAGCAGCAUAUCAUCAGUUUGUCUUCCAAAGCUGCUCAAAUAUGGAAGUUGUAUGAUGUUUUCUUUCUCAGUAUUCAUGACUAAACCUGUGUCUAUCCCAAGAUUUCCGCUCUACUUUCAGAGAGAGACAGUAAAGAGGAAGCUUAGUACAAGCUACACACAGUCAAGAUCCCAAUUUUGUGGUUCUUCAGUCUUAAAUGGCAAGGCUGAGGAAUCCCUUGGGGGCUACACCAACAACAGAAGCUGAAAGAGACAAGAGGGGAGACCAAGGGAAAUGCCAAAAAAAAAAAAAAUACCAGAGAACUUAAUCCUUUGUCUUUUGCCAGCUUUAUGAACAUCAGCUGUUCAUAAGCGUAGCGGGAUAGACAAGCAGAGAAAUUAAAGGCCCAGCAAUAAUUAGGUCCAGUGGGGACAGCGUGAGAGAUUCCUGUAUUAGGGAUGUUCCUGUUGAACAUGGCUGUACUCCUGCUGUCCAUGGUAGGCUUCAUCAGCAAAUCUACCAUAUAUUAAAGCAUAAAAUGUGACCAAGCAGCAGGUUAGAGAUGUACCAAAUACUAAAAUGAUCAACACAAAGCAGCAAAAGGUCUAUUACUUGACAAAUACAAACAUGUAGGAAGAGAAAAAAAAAAUUAUAGUCACACUCAGGAGUCAAGGGACCAUUUUCAGACUCUUUAAAUGAAAUCCUCCAGGAAAUUUUUCACAAGUCUGUUUAAUUAAGGUGCAGAUUAAUUAUUACUCCAUGUGGAACAGAAUCAGUUAAGAGGUAUCUUCUAUGCUCUUCUAUUUAUCAGUGUCUGGACACAAGGCAUCGGUGGAAAUAAAUGCUAGCACCAAGUAAAUAACCAACAAAGGACAGCUUUAAAUGCAUUGUUGGUACAGUAUCAUGACUGUUUCAUUAUUGUUUGAUGAUUACAUAAAUAAUGCUUACAAUUGUUAAUGGCACAAACUGGCACAAUGGAGUAGAAAAGUACUUCUAUUGUCAUCUAGUCUUUUAUGACCCUACCAAGACAUUAAAAUGUUGCUUUUUAAAUAUGUCUGUUGCUAGUAAUAAAACCUAUCUUUACAUGGGCCUUGCUAGGUACCAGUUUUGUGCAGUUACUGUGGACAAGUGACAUGAGAGGUAAAGCAAUACACAAAAACUUCAAUUAGAACAAAUCAGUUAAACUCUAACAAUUCCUUGCCUGGAAGAACAUCAAUCUGCUCUGUUGUAUUAUUCUUUAAUGCCCCCUCAUGUAGUGUUCAUUUAUUAUUUUCACAGUGAAGGGCAGGGUUUAUUUCCUCUUUUGUACUUCCUCUCUAGCACAAGAAGCAGCACUACAGCAAAGAAAGGAUUACGAAGCUCUGAUUCAUGCCUCACUAAUUAACUCACUGCAUCUUUCCGUCUCAUCUACAGCAGGCAUGUCCCAGCUCCCCUUUUGUUGCUAUUUGUGCCAAACCCAGGAUGUUUCAGGGAUGUGAAAAAUAACUCUGGGACAAGAUACAACAAUGCUGGAUUCACUUAAACAAACAAACAAAGGCAACCAGUUGGAAAGAAGACCCAGUAGUAUCUAUGCCAUUAGGACCCUCCAACUUGCCACACUACAGACAAAAAUUAACGCUCCUUUACUUUCCUUGUCAGGAAAAUACACCCAAACCUUUCUUUCCCUCUGGUCAGGCUUCCCCUGAAGAUGGCACUUCUGGCAGCCAGCAGCAAACCUAUGCAAGCACCUCAGCAGAGCACUGACCACUCAUCAUGCACCAUUCGAACACCUUGGAGUGCAGGCUUACUAAUACAUCCAAAUUAUGAUUUCCCCCUACACCUCUGGGUUGAUCUUCCUAAACUAUCAAAUAUGGCUUAAAACAUCUGUUCUCAAAUGGCAUUGUGACACAUCAAAUCAGCAGGAACAUGGGAAGAGAACUCCAAAAUACAUUAACAUAUGUAACAGAGAAUUCUUAAGGCAGGUGUUGCUGGAAAGGAAUCAUCUCCUGGAAAUCAGUGUUAAUCACAAACAGAAAUUUGAUUGUAGAUUAGCACAAUUCAGCACUGCACAAUGGAAAUGCCUUACAGGUGUCUUUACACAGAGGAAAACAAAGAACAAGUCCAAUUCAGAGAGCAUGACUGGUUGUUUGAUUGUGUUCAUCUUACCAAACAUUUCCAAGUUCACUACCAAACUACCUGGAUAGCUCUGCACUGCUCUGUCAGUACAACUGCUGCAGGAAAAUAAACUGAGGUUCUGAAUAUCCAGUCACAGCAGAUCUCAGUAAUGUUUCUGAUGAAGGGGACUGGCUCCCUGUCACAGGGAGCAGCAUCUGAUGGUCUUCAGUCCCAAUGGGGAGAGGAAGAGCUAAAGACAUCUCAGAGGGUUUCACAUCUAUGGACUCCGAUAAUGGACUUUUCUGACUCUGAAUGGAUUCUUGUUCAUUGAAAGAAUUAUCAAGUGCAGUAGAAUCAGGGGGAGUUUCAGGUCCUGUGGAAACAAACAAACAAAAAAAACCAACAAAACCCCAGAAAGAAAUGUUCAAAAGCUUGUGCACAAAUUCUGCAAAUUCCCUUUCAAAAGACUGUCAGAGCCAACACCUGGUGUGUCACAGGCUGCCUGGGCAGCUGGGAUAUUGGUACUUCCAUGUGCUGCAAAGCCAGACCAGCUGUAAGUACAAUGUCAGCACUGGGAAUCAACAUCUGCUGCUGCUUGUAGUGUGACAACUGGAAGGAUGAUGCAUUCCAACCUGAUUUCUACUUGGCAUGGUACAGAAGAUAACAAACCCUUAACAUCACAGUGAACAAAGGAUCUAUGGAAUCAUGAAAGUUUCCUUGAGAUUUUCCACCCCAGAAAGUCUCAGAAGCAGAGCCACAUCCAAGCAUCCUCCUUUAAAUGAGAUAGCAGUGUACGAAGUAUCAUCUGUCUGUAAACUUCUUUGGAAGACAACAUUUGUUAACUUCAUUCCAGCCAGCCAGAUUUUACCCAGUCACUUGAAAAAUUACUUUCUAUUCAGAACUGAAAUGCCUGUUAGCAGGUUCCUUGCUGCCUUCCUGCUGGAAUGCAGCCGGCCACUGCUCUUGGAUGGCUCUCUGACAAAGCCACAUUGGGUAUCUGACCCUUCCUCUACCAAAGCAUGCUCCAAAGCCUAUUACUUCAGUGCUGAGGCACUUGUGGCUGCCUGCUGUCUCUCCAUGAGAGCUGGCCUGCCUUGGCAGCUCUCCCAGCUCACCCCUCCAGCUCUGCCAGGUGCUCUCCACACUCAGUGCUGCUCUGCCCUCACCACUGCCUUCCUGCUGCACUGGGGCCUUUCUAAAUUCAAAGCUGUCUCUGCAUAUGGCUCAUUUUCUCACCCUCUCCCUCCCAAUCCAGAUGUAAACAGGCACCAAUUAUUCCCUUUUCCAUAUGAUAGGAGCAAGAGAUUUAUGGUCAAUACACAAGGAUGGACAGAGGACGAGGAGUAUGGAGCCAGUGUUGAACAAGGCUGGAUACAGAUGCUUUUGGCCCUAAAAACAACUACUAUCCAAAAUUCUUUUGUUUUCUAAUUUCAGGCCUGGAUGAGCAAGAAGAUUUAUUCAGCACGGCAGGCAAAAGAGCUGAUGUGGUUUCUUAACCUUUCUUUGCACAAGGAACUCACCUGUGUGAACUUUCGUUUUGUGCUUCUUAAGAUUUUUUAUAUCUGUGUAAGAAUUUCCACACAUUUCACAGAUAAAUGGUCUUUCACCUGAAAAAAAUUGGUUUGGCAGUGAGAACAAUCUUGGUGUUGAAAAAAAUACAGUUAGAGACAUAGGAUAACAGAUUUCAACGUUCUAUUUUGAAAUACAACUUUGUAACUCUUAUUUUGUCUGUCUCUCUAUUCAGAAUAAAAUUAUUUCCAGAAUAAUAGUUUAAAACAAAGCAACAAGACCCAAACAUUUUAAGUAAAACCUCCAUCAUACAUCAAUACCUACGCUGUGGCACAGAUACUACUCUGAAAAAGGCAAUUAAACAAAAUUAAUGAAUAUUUUCUUUACAUUAUGUUAACCCAGAGAUACAUAAAUUAAGAAACUGCUCUACUUUCAAGUACAGCCCAAUACAGUGUAUUUUAAAGGCAAAAGAGUAAAAGUAGAUUAUAAUUUAUAGUGCAGGAAGCAGCUUGUCUGAAAACUGACCUGUAUGGGACCGAAAAUGUUUAUUGAGCUCUCCAGAGGAAAUAAAACUCUUUUCACAAAUGCCA